AUGAAUCGAUCACAAGACACCGUCAUAGACGAUGACGAGGAGACAUGUCCGCUCUGUAUCGAAGAGUUUGACUUGUCCGACAAGAACUUUCGCCCAUGUCCCUGCGGCUACCAGAUAUGUCAGUUCUGCUUCAAUUCGUUAAAGACUACGUAUGAGAAAUCGACGUGUCCGAACUGCCGGCGGCCCUACGAUGAGAAGACGAUACAGUACAAGAUACCGACAGCGGAAGAGUUCAAGGCGGACCAGCUCAACAAGAACAAGAAACAGCUGGCUGCGAAGCGGAAAGAGACUGAGAAGCGUGAAGUUGAAGCCUCAAGCCGGCGCAAUCUGGCUGGUGUACGCGUCAAACAGCAGAAUCUCGUCUACGUCAUUGGCCUUGUCCCCAGCAUGAAAGACGAGUCGGCUCUGCUACAGACUCUCCGCGGCCCUGAGUAUUUCGGCCAGUAUGGCGAGAUAGAGAAGAUCGUGGUUAGUAAGGCCAAGCCAGGGUCGACGACGCAAGGUAUCGGUGUCUACGUCACAUAUGCUCGUAAAGAGGACGCUGCGCUAUGCAUCUCAAUGGUCGAUGGGACUGCCAACGGCGAUCGCAUGCUGCGAGCGCAGUACGGUACCACCAAAUACUGCUCGGCUUUCUUGCGUGGCGAGAUCUGCCAAAACAAGAACUGCAGCUUCCUGCACGAAACGGGCGAAGAUGGCCAGCACAGCUCAUUGCAGAACGAACCCCACGCACCCAAACCGAAGCCGACGCAAGCUAUGGCCCCACCACCACGUCCAACGUCCACCACGCAAUCAGUCUCAUCUCAGCCCAUGGCACGCCAAGGAAGCGACAAUUCCGAUGAUCGCAAGGCAUCCGCAGACGGUUCCGCUCUACCAUCUAGUGUUGGCUGGGCGAAUGGGCCUGCGGCGACCAAGGCACGUCUCUUAGCCAGACGAGCCAGGACAGAAUCCAAGCCCAAAGAGGUCAUCGCCGAAACACCUGAGCCUGAACCAAAGACCAAGCCAGCGCCAACGCCCGUGGCAGCCGCUAAGCCGCCGCCGAAGCCCAAGACUACUGAUCCGGAUCAACUGAUUUUCGACCAUGUGCUCAGGACGGUCAGCUCUGGUACGUUCCGCUUCACCUUCAGCGAUGCAUACUUGUCAGAAGAAGAGAAGGAGAGGAUGCAAGACUUUCCUACACUCAUCGACCCGGAAGGUGGCGCCAAGCGUCGAGCCAUGGCGGACAAGGCAGCUGCAGAGCGGGCUGAAGAGGAGGCUAAAGUCAAAUCAACGCUCGAGGAACAAGCCACAGCCACUGCAGAGGAAGCCAUGGACGACGUUGACAUGGGUGCCGGAAGCCUGGCGCUAGGUGGCGAGCCCGAGGACAACCCACGGACUGCAGCACGAGGAGCGAUCUCGAGACCACCGGGUGUUGGUGACCAAUUUGGCUCGCGCAGUCUCACACCUCAGCACCUACGACAACUCGCUCAACAGUCCGGCAACUUGCCCGCUCCGGGUCUACAAGCACCGACACAGAACACCGCUUUCGAGAUGUCCGACUUUGACCGCAGUGCGCCACAAUACAGCCAAGCUCAGUACGACCAGAUCAAGAACCAUCAACGACAUGGCUCGCGGUACUUCAACAACGAUGCCAAGUCGACACAGUCACGAUUCCAGGGCCAACAGCAGCAAGGCUUCUACACGAGCGGCGUUCAGGGACCACCGCCUGGUCUCCCGACCUCCGGUACACCCCCAGUCAGUGGCGGAGGCAUGUUCUCUCACGGACAAGGCUUCACCAAUCCUGGCUUUGGUACAGCCAAAGACAAUACUGACAUGCACAUGCGUGCGCGAAGUGGAACUGGUGCUGGUCCAGAUGCUAAACGUGAGUUGCUCUUCUCUUUACAAAACAACCCCCUUCGUUCGUCUCCGCCGUCGUCCAACGCCCCUGCCUCCUCCGCUCUUGGCCACGCCAAUCCGCUCUACGCUCAAUAUGCUUCCGUUGCAUAUCAGGAUCCUGGCCUCGUCAAGCAGCGGAAGAAGGGGAAGAAGCACAGACAUGCUAACACUUCCUCUUCAGGAGGUGUAGAGCAUCUUGCCGAUCCAAGCAUCCUUCAAGCACGUACCGGUAACGCCGGCGGGCAGGGGCAAGGCCUGUACGGCGGGGCCAACCAAGUCGACGACAGUAACUAUCCUCCUCUUCCUGCGCCUGUGGAUCCGCGUCCGCUUCACUCGAGAGUAUCUUCAUUUCACAGCAGAGCUUCCACGCCUAAAGUACCUCCUGGUUUCGAGACUCACGCUCAUCCUCUAUUGUCAGCGCCCGGAACCGGAGUAGCUACGCCCGAGAGGUCAGGCACGCCAAUAGGCUCAAAGCUGGCGCGCACUGUCUCUGGUGCUGUACUGCCGGUCGUCCCAGAUCUGUCAGCUGUAGUGCGGCCAAGCAAAGCACAGAAGGAACCUGCCAAGAUAGAGCAACCAAAGGCUCCACCUGCCGACCAGAAUGAAGCAAAGCCUAAGCCGCUCGCCACACAAACCACCACGAGUCUUGGGUCACCGGUUCCGAGGGGCAAGGACAACGGACCUGCCGAGUCCAAGAAUGCGGCGACGAUCGAUGCAGAUGAGGCGCUCACAGCCUCGCCUACCAAGAAGCCCGCACCCAAGUCUAAGCAAAAGGAGACAUCGCCAGUCAAGCCUGCCAGCAAAGAGGCCACGGUGUCAGCAAAGCCCGAAAAGUCUACUAGCGCACCUGUAGUCCUUCCAGAGGUUCCUGUGACCGAAAGCCCUCGACCGUCGACUCCGGCCACGACCGCAAGCACCGAUGUCGUACCAGGCCCGCGGCCUCGCACGCUUCGACUGACAACUACUGCAAGCACGACGACAUCGAAGCCCGCAUCCGGGACGACCGACCAAGUUACUCCGAACCUUGGCACAGCCGCAACCGAGAAGUCGACACUUGGCUCUACAUCAUCCGCCGUCCCUGUUCGAGAUGCACAGCACUUCCCCACCCUUCCGCCAUCCCGUCAGCUGUCGAUUUCUUCCGCCGUGCUGCCGACGAGACAUUUCGAUGGGGCCAACGUGAGCACUUCGCGGCCAAGCACUCCCAUGUCGGAAGUGUCGCACCCUGCAUCAACACACACUCACAGUCGGAUGAUCAGCGAAGUGGCCAGUCGUAGCAGUACUCCGCCUUUGUCGCAGGCCGCGGGCGCUAGCAUCGUGGGGAGUGCGCCUGAGCGGACCAAGACCAAGAAUCAGCUGAAGAAGGAGAGACGGGAGAAGGCGAAGCUGGCUGAAGUCGAGGCCGCUGCUGCUAGAGGAAUUGUGGCCGCAAGUCCCGCCAAGGCUGCUGUUGCUGAGAAGACGGUUGCGAGUCCCGCUGAGGAGGUAGGCCCGAUUCUGGCGAGGCAGAAGAAGCAGAAGAAGGAGAAGGUCAAGAAGGCGAGUGAGACUGUGGCUGCUGGAAACGUUGCGUCCGCUAGCAAGACUCCCGGCGAGAAGGACAUGCCUUCUGCCAAGGAAGACAAGUCGACGAAGCUGGUAGGCACCGAAAUACAGCAAGUCUCCGAAGAGGUCCAAACCGCUGCGGACACUGGAGUCGAACUGAGUACGCCGACGAAAGCCACACCUUCACAACAGCCCAGCUCACCGCCCUCUCCAAUUGAGGAUGCGGGCCCAAGCACGCCAAUGCCUCCGUACACCCUAGCGCAACUGUACGUCGACGCUGCUAUAGCUGGCAACAGCCAAGCACAAAGUCCGGAUCCCGACAAACUAGCAGAACUCCUCAACAUGCACGCACCCUCAGCGAACGAGCUGCUCUCUGCAGUGUCAGCAUCCUUCGAGAACGAAAUGCGCCUAAAGGACCAUCCCUUCGUGAACCCACCAAGCUUCGCUUCGAAGGAAUUCAAGCUACCCGCGGACUCCCGCAAGGGCCAGGAAUACCUGGACGCGCACGGGUAUACCUCCACUUCUGCGUUCGGCUACCUCUACGUUCCGCGCUCGCAGCGUCGGGAGUUGUUGGGUGGUGGCGUGGUGGUUAUCGGGGAGGACGCGGCUGCGGUCAACAGUGGUGCGAAGGAGGAUCUGCAGAAGACUGCGCUCAUUACGCCUUCUGGCACGGUUCUGCGGCAUUUAUCUUCGGAGGAGAUUGAUACGGUGCUGGAUCUCGAGGAGCGCAGAGCGGUGUAUCGUGAGCAGUGGGGUGAGGGGCUAGGUGGGAUGCAAGGGCUGGAUGACGAGUACAUGGCGGCACAGGCUCGUGCUGCCGGGGCAAAUGCCGCACAACAACGCCAUGUAUCUCAGCCUCAGAACAACAAUGCUCGUCAGGGCGGGAUGGAAAGUGGAGGUGCAGUGGAGAACAAGGCGAGGGAAAGAGCGGUCUACCUGCCGGCUUUGAAUGUGCAGGAAUUGCACAAGCGCAUGUUGGAGACGCAGCGGGAGUUUGAUGCGAGUCGGAAGGAGGUUGAGCGGUUGGACAGGGGUGGUGGAAAACGAAAUAAGGAGGUUCAGAAGUGGGUUGGGGGGUUGGUCAAGGCUUGA